CCGGCCGGGGUCUCCUGGCGACGACGAUGGCGGGGGAUGUGGGCGGCCGCCCCUGCGCGGACUCCGAGCUGCUGCUGCACCCUGAGUUGCUGUCGCAGGAGUUCCUCCUCCUCACGCUGGAGCAGAAGAACAUAACUGUUGAAAAUGACGUAAGAAUAAACAAAGACAAUCUUACUGAUCUUUAUGUUCAGCAUGCAAUACCAUUGCCUCAGAGAGAUUUGCCAAAGAAUAGAUGGGGGAAGAUGAUGGAAAAGAAAAGAGAACAACAUGAGCUAAAAAAUGAGACUAAAAGGAGUAGCACUGUAGAUGUGUCAAAGAAAAGACCCCUCAUUGUGUUUGAUGGAAGUUCAACAAGCACAAGCAUAAAAGUGAAGAAGACGGAGAAUGGGGAUAAUGACCGACUCAGGCAUCCCCCCCAGGCAGGCUUUACCAGUAAUGCCUUUCGAAAGUUAGCAGAUUCUUCUUCCAGCGUUUCGCCCCUAAUUUUGUCUUCCAAUUUGCCUAUGAACAAUAAAAUGGAACACAGUAAUAAUGACACUAAACAGAACCAUGACUUAGCACAUGGGAAAGGUCCUUUGGGCCCCGUGAAGUUGCCGCCUCUGUCCCCCAUGGGAACUACUCCAGUGAAGCUAAAGCGAGCUGCUCCUAAAGAGGAAACUGAGGCCGCGAAUAACCUGAAGCCCCCCGAAGCAAAGAGGAAAAUACAACACGUUACAUGGCCAUGAAGGAAAGUUUCCAAAAAUGUAAAUAUAACUGUAGUUUUCAAACAAGUUCACAUAUAUUGACAGUAUUUACAGAGAGCUUGAUUAUUUUGAAAUUUCCUAAGAGAUUUAAAAUUAGGUUCAAGAAAACGAAGUCUUUCCCUCCCCACCUGCCUUCCUCCCUUCCUUUAAAAGGAAAAAAAAAUUGCCUUUUAUUCCCUGAUUAGAAAAGA